UAUUUUUCCACCAGGAAGGAAUCGCGAAAUGCCCUGGUCGUCGGUUAUUUCUUUACGAUGAGCCUUCAGAGUAGCUGCUGCGCCGCCGGCGGCUACUAUCUCCGCAACCGUGGCGACCUCCACCCUUCUUUACCUCCGCACUUCCCCUUCUCUUGCUACCCUUCUUCGCUUUUCCCCUCCCCUCGCUCCUCUCCCUCCCUUCCCCACUGCAAACUUGUUCUCGUCCAAUCGAUACCGCCCAACCGCGCCGCCGGCGCCUUCCCUUCCGCCCUCCGGUUUCUCGAGUCGAAUCCCCUCGAUGGAGGCUCCGACGAGGAAUCCCUCGACGCCCUCCUCGCCGAGCUCACCCCCAAGGAAAUGACCGUCCUCCUCAAGCGGCAGCGCGACUGGCGCCGGGCUCUCCGUCUCCUCCGCCGAAUCCGGUGCCUGCGCGACUACCGUCCCAAUCCCAUCCACUAUAACGUUGUGCUCCGGACCCUCGGCCGCGCGAGGCGGUGGGACGAGCUGCGCCACUGCUGGCUCGAUAUGGCGAAAGACGGAAUCUUGCCCACGAACAACACCUACGCGACCCUCAUCGACGCCUACGGAAAGGCAGGUCUCCUAAAGGAGUCUCUUUUGUGGCUCAAACACAUGAGGGCAAGGGGAAUUUCUGCUGACGAAGUCUGUAUGAACACUGUCGUCAGGAUUCUCAAGGACUCUGGGCAUUUCGACGAGGGAGAGAAGUUCUUCCGAGGAUGGUGCGACGGGACUGUCGACUACGACGUUCUCGAGAUUGAAUUUGAAGGUUCAGAAUCGAUCAGCCCCAAUAGUUUCCUUCUCACGGAGCUCUUCAAAUCCGGAAGCCGAGCACCUGUUCCUCUGAAGAUUGCUUCAAGUGCUCCCGAUGGCUCAAGGAGGCCUCGCCUCGCUGCUACCUACAACACUUUGAUUGAUUUGCAUGGAAAAGCAGGUAAGCUCCAAAAUGCUUCAGAUGCUUUUGCUGAGAUGUUGAGGUCAGGUGUCUCCCCUGACACGAUCACAUUCAAUACCAUGAUCAACAUCUGCGGCUCGAAUGGCCUUAUUUCUGAAGCAGAGGCUCUGUUUGAUAAAAUGCGGAGGAGAAGAAUUGUUCCUGAUACUAAAACAUUCAACAUAUUCAUGUCCAUGUACGCUUCACUUGGAAACAUCGAGGCAGUCCUGAAGUAUUACCACAAGAUGAGUGAGUCUGGUCUUACUCCUGACACUGUGAGCCAUAGGAUAAUCUUGCAGGCUCUGUGCGAGAGAAACAUGGUAAGAGAAGUUGAGGAUGUGAUCAACAAGAUCAUUGAAUCGGGCGAAUUCGUGGACGAGCAGUCUUUCCCUGUUGUUGUGAAGAUGUACAUCAAUCAAGGGAUGCUUAGUGAGACCUCUAUGUUCCUCGAGAAGCAUUGCGGCUCCUCUUCCAUUUCUUCCAAGAAUUAUGCUGCUAUUAUGGAUGUUUAUGCAGAGAAGGGGUUAUGGGAGGAAGCCGAGGGCGUGUUCUAUCGAAAGAGGGGAGUUGGUAAUAAGAAGGAGGUGGUUGAAUACAAUGUGCUAAUAAAAGCUUAUGGGAGGGGAAAGCAAUAUGAUAAAGCUGUGUCCUUGUUUGAGAGUAUGCGAAAUAUUGGUAUCUGGCCGGAUGAGUGUACCUUUAACUCUCUCAUUCAAAUGCUUUCUGGUGGUGAUUUUCCUGAACGAGCAACAGAGUUCCUACGACGGAUGAAAGAUGCAGGAUUCAGACCUAGAUGUGAGACCGUCUCCGCUAUCAUUGCAAGUUAUUCACGCAAAGCUAUGGUUGAUGAGGCGCUCGAAAUCUAUCAAGAGAUGAAGCCAUUAGGAGUUGAACCAAAUGAAGUGGUUUACGGUUUGCUAGUGAAUAUGUUUGCCGAGGCUGGAAAAGUUGAACAAGCACUUCAUUUUUUCAGUUUGAUGGAAGAAUCAGGAUUCCCGCCCAAUCAUAUCAUCCUAACUUCUCUGAUGAAGGCGUACAAGAAGGCUAGCUGCUGGAGAGAAGCCCAGGAGGUAUAUGCAAAGAUGAAGACCCUCGAACACGGUCCUGAUACUAUUGCCUCUAAUUGUAUGAUCGACCUAUAUGCUGAGCUUGGGAUGGUAAGCGAAGCUAAGUUAAUUUUUGAUGACUUGAGAAAAAAUGGCGAGGUUAAUGGUGUUUCGUAUACUACAAUGAUAUACCUCUACAAGAGUUUGGGCAUGUUGGAAGAAGCAAUAGACAUGGCUCAGGAGGUCCAGAAGGCAGGCUUGCUGACUGAUUGUGCUUCCUACAAUAGUGUUCUAGCUGCUUAUGCUGUCACUGGAAAACUCAAGGACUGUGCAUAUUUGAUUCAUGAGAUGAUAGCUAGAAAGAUGUUACCUGAUGCCUCUGUAUUUAGAUCAAUCUUUGGUAUAGUAAAGAAAGGGGGUCUACCGAUCGAGGCAGUAUUGCAACUACAGGCAUCUUACAAUGAAGGAAAACAGUUUGCAAGAGAGGCCAUAGUCACUACAUUGUUCUCUCUGGUUGGCCUGCAUGAUCAUGCACUAGAGUCAUGUAAUCUUUUUCUGUCUGCUAGGACUAGGAAUCCUCUGGACUCGUAUGCCUAUAAUGCUGCGAUUUAUGCUUAUGGAGCUUCGGAAAACAUUGACAAAGCCCUGAAUCUGUAUAUGCGGAUGCAAGAUGCAGGACUUGAACCAGACACUGUUACCUAUGUUUAUCUAACAAUUUGCUAUGGAAAGGCGAGGAUGGUUGAAGGACUGAGACGAAUUUAUGGUCUCUUGAAAUAUGGGGAAAUUGAGCCUAGUGAAUCUCUCUUCAAAGCUCUAAUGGAUGCUUAUGAAAAUUCUGGGAAGCAUGAUCUUGCAGAAUUAGUUGAGCAGGAGAUGAAAUUCAGAAUUCACAGCCCGAUUGGUGAUGAAUCAGAAACUGAAGACGAUUGGGACGCAUAUGAAUCUGAAACUGAAGAUGAUUUGGAUGCAUAUGAAUCUGACAACAUAGACCAAGAUGAUGAUUUCAGUAUGAACCCUAGUAUUCUGUAAAUGAGCUGCUCUAAAAAUACAAUUAGUUGACUUGAUCAUUUUAGCUUUCAACUAUAGUUUCGUUGAUCUCUA